UCUCGGGAUGGGAUUGGCUCUCUUGCCACAGUGGACAGAGGACACCCUGUCCAAAUGUGAUUUAUGUCACCCAGCACUUGUGCACAGUUCAGCUGAAAUUUUCUUCCUGUUGAUCAAGGUUUCAAGGCAACAGAUGAAUUGUGAAAGAGAACAGCUCAGGGGUAACCAGGAAGCAGCAGCCGCCCCGGACACCAUGGCUCAGCCUUACGCCUCGGCCCAGUUUGCGGCCCCCCAGAACGGCAUCCCCGCGGAGUACACGGCCCCCCACCCACACCCCGCGCCCGAGUACACGGGCCAGACCUCCGUCCCCGAGCACACGUUGAACCUGUACCCGCCCGGCCAGUCGCACCCGGAGCCCAGCGCGGGGGACACUGGCGCCCAAACCGUGUCGGGCACUGCCACACAGACAGACGACGCAGCACCGACGGAUGGCCAGCCCCAGACACAACCUUCUGAAACCUUGGAGAACAAGUCCCAGCCCAAGCGGCUGCACGUCUCUAACAUCCCCUUCCGGUUCCGGGACCCGGACCUCCGGCAAAUGUUCGGCCAAUUUGGUAAAAUCUUAGAUGUUGAAAUUAUUUUUAAUGAGCGAGGCUCAAAGGGAUUUGGUUUCGUAACUUUCGAAAAUAGUGCGGAUGCGGACAGGGCGAGGGAGAAAUUACACGGCACCGUGGUAGAGGGCCGUAAAAUCGAGGUAAAUAAUGCCACAGCACGUGUAAUGACAAAUAAGAAGACAGUCAACCCAUAUACAAACGGCUGGAAAUUGAAUCCAGUGGUGGGUGCAGUCUACAGUCCUGAAUUCUAUGCAGGCACGGUGCUGUUGUGCCAGGCCAACCAGGAGGGGACUUCCAUGUAUACUGCCCCCAGUUCUCUUGUGUACACUUCCGCAACGCAUGGAACGGGUGUUCCCCCAAGGGGAAUUCUGCAGCACCACGAACCUGCUGUUGAAAGCGUUCCUGCACCCCCAGAAUUGUUGCCCGGCUUCCCAUACCCAGCCGCCACCGCUGCGGCCGCCUACCGAGGGGCGCACCUGCGUGGCCGUGGCCGCACUGUCUACAACACCUUCCGGGCCGCGGCCCCCCCACCCCCGAUCCCGGCCUACGGCGGUGUUGUGUACCAGGAUGGAUUUUAUGGUGCAGACAUUUAUGGUGGCUACGCUGCUUACCGCUACGCCCAGCCCACCCCUGCCACCGCCGCCGCCUACAGUGACAGAAAUCAGUUCGUCUUCGUUGCAGCAGAUGAAAUUUCUUGUAACACCUCUGCAGUUACGGACGAGUUUAUGCUGCCGACCCCUACCACCACACACUUGCUCCAGCCCCCACCUACGGCGUUGGUGCCAUGGAAAAUGUAAAAAACACACCCCUCGAAUUGCUUUGUUUCAGAAUGCUUUUGCACCCUUGACUGAUGCCAAGACUAGGAGCCAUGCUGAGGAUGUGGGUCUCGUUCUUUCUUCAUUGCAGGCUAGUAUAUACCGAGGGGGAUACAACCGUUUCGCUCCAUACUAAUGAAAAACAAAAAUAAAAACAAAAAACAAAAAAAAAUGAAAAAAACCA